AUGUCGACUAUUAGCGUGGUGGUGAAACACCAAGGAAAGAAAUACGACGUCGAUGUCGAUACCUCCGCGACCGGUGAAGUCUUCAAGUACCAGCUCUACAGUCUGACUGGUGUCGAGCCCGACCGGCAAAAGGUGCUCCUCAAGGGCAGUCAACUCAAAGAUGAUACCGAUAUGAGCAAGGUGGGCCUGAAGCCCGGCCAGAUGAUCAUGAUGAUGGGAACCCCAGGUGAGGGUGGAGGUGCAAUCGCUCGACCAACCGAGAAAGUCAAGUUCAUCGAGGACAUGACCGAGGCCGAAGCGGCACAACAAGCGGGAGCGACUCCGGCCGGUCUCCAGAAUUACGGCAACACCUGCUACCUCAACUCGACACUCCAAGUCCUCCGCUCCAUCCCCGAGCUUAGCGACGCUCUCAAGUCCUACAAGGGUGAACAGUCCAUGUCGGAUCCUACGACGCAGCUCAGGAAUCUCUACGAUAUGAUGUCGAAAACACAAGAAGGCAUUCCUCCGCUCGGUUUUCUGCAUGCUCUUCGUGUCACUUACCCCCCACUCAAGCAAAAGCUCAAGAUUCCCGAGGGUGACGCCGCCAAAGACGCAUCCUUCAUCGACAAGUACAUGGGCCUCGAACUCACCAGCGUUCUCGAGUGCGAUGAACCUGGCGCCAAGGAGGCCGGCGAGGAACCAAAGACAACAAAGGACCGUCUCCUUAAGCUCAACUGCCAUAUCGACGGUCAGACCAAUCAUCUCAGGGAUGGAAUCGUUAACGGUUUGGUGGAGAAGCUCGAGAAGAAGUCGGAGGUUCUGGAUAGGGAAGCGACAUACACUAAGCGUUCCCAGAUCUCACGGCUACCCAAGUAUCUGACCGUGCACUUCAUGCGGUUCUUCUGGAAGCGUGAGGUUCAGAAGAAGGCCAAGAUUAUGCGCAAGGUUACUUUCCCAUUCGAGCUUGAUGUGGUCGAGUUCUGCACGGAUGACCUUAGGAAGGCUCUCAUUCCUGUCAGGGACAAGGUCCGCGAGGUGCGCAAGGAGGAGCACGAUAUUGAAAGGGCACGCAAGCGCAGAAAGAUGAACCCUAUUGACGGCGAGAACGCUCAAGGAUCCACGCCAUCAUCAUCAUCCAAGGACAAGAAGAAGGACGAGAAGAAGCCUUCUGGCGGUGACGUGGAGAUGACCACAGAGGAGACCUUCAAGACCGACGCUGAGUUUGAGGCCGAGAAGGAAGCUGAGGUGCUCGCUGCCAAGAAGGAGCUCUACUCCUUGAUCAACCAGGAUCUGCUCAAGGACGAAGGUGCCAACCAGUCUGGCUUGUAUGAACUUCGCGGUGUCAUCACCCAUCAGGGUGCCAGCGCCGACAGCGGACAUUACACGGCCUACGUCAAGAAGACGGGGAUCAAGGACCCCGUCACUGGCAAGAUCGGUGAGGAGGACGGCAAGUGGUGGUGGUUCAACGAUGACAAGGUUUCUGAGGUGGAGGCGGAAAAGAUCACUGCUCUGGCUGGUGGUGGAGAGUCGCACUCGGCCUUGGUCUUGCUCUACCGCGCGAUUCCUCUUCCCAGUGCCGACGGAACCCAGUAA